AUGUAUUUUACAAUAUUCCAUUUUGUUAUUUCAUUAGUUGGUGGAAUUAUUCGUGGUCGUGUUUUACUUGAUGGGAAUGAAAAUAAAACGGUUCAAAUACCAACUGGUAGUAUUCUUACCAUUUAUUUUCAAGAUACAUCAAUACCUGAUAUGCCAGCAAGAGAUAUAAAAGUUGUACAACUUUCAAAUCUAGUCGAUUUUCCAAUUAAUUAUCAAAUGGAAAUAUCGAAUGACCUUCCACCAAUAUUCUCAUAUUCAUUAUCAGCUCGAAUAACAAAUGGAAACACUCUUUUAUUUAUCACUACCCAACGUACAAGUGUACCAAUACAAAAUCCUAGUCCGAUUACGAUUGACAUUCCAGUUACAAAUGUUAAUCAAGGUUUACAAAAUAUUCCUGCACCACUUCCAUUUAAGAAUAUAGGACAAUAUUCUUGGCCAGAAAUGCUUGGAAAAGAAGGUACAUAUGCCGUAAAAUAUAUCAAAGAGAAGAGCGGUCUUACUAAUGUAUUUACUGUUCUUGAAAACUCUCCCAUUACGACGGAUUUCCAACCUGAUCGUGUUCGUGUAUUUGUCAAUGGAAAUGGCAUCGUAAUUCGAAUACCUUACAUUCUAUAA